ACGUCCUUCCCAAACCCUCAAGCCCUUCACCUUCUCCAUUGCCUAUCUCUCAUCUCACUCAAUAAUUUCUUACACCCAAAUCACUCGCUCAUCUCUGUUUUCUGUCUAUACAAAGCACAUCCUCACUAGCAUGUGUUCCUCUAAAUCUAGGCUGAACCAAAGUACCAGUAAUAUUGCAACUACCAUUGCUAAAAUUAAUGGCCGUCCGGUACUUCAGCCAAAAUCCAAUCAAGUUCCUAGCUUGGAAAGACACAAUUCACUUAAAAAGAACUCACCUCCAAAGUCUCCUUCUCGGGAACCAGCUGGACCACCUGUACCAUUGAUGCAACCAGCUUGUAAUGCUGCAGGUACUAAAACUAGGCUUCCUUCAGCACUGUCCCCUCCUAUCUCUCCCAAGCUAAAAUCACCUAGACCUCCAGCAGUUAAGAGAGGAAAUGAACCUGGCGGAUUAAAUACUAGUGCUGAAAAGGUUUUGACACCACGUAGCACAACAAAAGUGACAACUAGUACGGUAAAGAAGUCGAAGAAAUCUAGCACUGCAGGAGUUCCACAUUCUGUUGACACUUUCGCUAUGAAAUACUCUUCCUCUUUGUUAGUUGAGGCUCCAGGUAGCAUAGCUGCUGCUAGGAGGGAACAAGUUGCUGUUAUGCAAGAACAAAGAAAAAUGCGAAUUGCUCAUUAUGGAAGAACCAAGUCUGCUAAGUAUCAAGGGAAAAUUGUUCCUGCUAAUUCUCCGGCUACAAGUACCAUCACUCGGGAGGAAAAGAGAUGUAGUUUUAUCACUCCUAAUUCAGAUCCUGUCUAUGUUGCUUACCAUGAUGAAGAAUGGGGGGUUCCUGUCCAUGAUGACAAGCUGCUGUUUGAAUUGCUAGCACUGACAGGUGCACAAGUUGGAUCAGAGUGGACUUCAGUCCUGAAGAAAAGAGAGGCAUUCAGGGAAGCGUUUUCAGGGUUUGAUGCAGAAAUUGUCGCCAAAUUCACUGAAAAGAAAAUAACAUCUAUCAGUGCUGAGUAUGGCUUAGACAUAAGCCAAGUCCGAGGAGUGGUCGACAACUCUAAUAGGAUUCUGGAGGUUAAAAGGGAAUUUGGAUCCUUUGACAAGUACUUGUGGGGAUAUGUUAAUCACAAACCUAUCUCCACCCAAUACAAAUCAUGCCAAAAGAUCCCAGUGAAGACCUCAAAAUCAGAAACCAUAAGCAAAGACAUGGUGAAGAGAGGGUUUAGAUUUGUUGGUCCAACUGUCAUCCAUUCAUUCAUGCAGGCUGGUGGACUCAGUAAUGACCACUUGAUCACCUGUCCAAGGCACCUUCAGUGCAUAGCCUUGGCAUCUAAACUUCCUCGUACUGUAGCCCCACCUUCGCAGAAGAAGUUAAUUUGCAAGUGAAGCGUAAGAAGUGGGGGGGGCAUGGACAACAUGAUUAACAUAUUAUGUGGCAUCUAGUGUGACCAUAAAUUAAGAAGCAAAUAUAGUUAAUUAUUUUGAGUAUCUUACUACAGAUAUAAACUAGGUGAUGCUUUGUAAUGUUUUAAUAUAGUGCUUGCUAUGUAGAGAGACUAUGUGGGAGUUUUCAGUGAUGGAGCCAAGAUAGAAUGGAAUGAUGAAAUGAAAAAUUAGAGUAUAGGAAGUGGGGGCAUAUGGGCACGCGAUAGCAUGUGCAGGUUGGCAGGCAAUGACAAAUGCACGGUUUCAACUCCCGAUGCCUUUGUGACCACCACACCCUUCUCCAUUACAAGCUUCCUUUAAACUGGCCAUGAGAGGGUAAUCAGUGCAGAGAUCUUGGCCUAGACCUUCAAAAUAUUCUCUCCUUGGCUACAUACUGUGUGGAUUGGAUGAAUUGUUGUAUCUGCAGCUUUCCUGAGGAUAAAGAUUAUAUUCUCAGGAGAUACAAGACUUUGAUCCUUCCAAGCCAAGUAGUGACUUGUUCGCAUUGCACCUCAUUUCCUAACAAAUUAGCCCAGAUACAUUUGUAUUGGCCAGUUUUUAAUUCUAACUUGUAAGGGAUACCAAGUUCAUGUAAUAUCAUGGAUUAAAUGUACUGUUUGAGUGCAAUUUUUGCUA